AUGGAAGAAAAUUCUUAUAUCCUUUGGUGGGAAGAUGAAGUUAAUCAGCGAUUUGCAAUUUUCAAGAAAUACAUGACCUCGUCCAAAAGCACUUUUGCAAUAUUUUGGACUCUUUAUCUAGUUAUGACACCUCAAAACAUCAUGAUUUUUGUCAAUGCGUUGCCUUACAUAAUACUUCAGUAUACGUUUAUCUUUGUUAUGUACCUUAUAGAAAGCAAAAAUGCCCAUAAAAAAUAUUGGCUUCCCGUUGUGUAUACAGAAUGAUGUGACUCUGCGUUAUGAUAUUAUUCUCUCAUUAUCAACUCAAAUAACCCCAUAUUAUUUGAAAUGCUAGGAAGCCUGCUUAUGGGAUAUUUUGAGCUCCCUUUUAUUCAGAGCAAGAUUAUUCAGAAUUUUAUUUUAGCUAAACAUGUGAUACUAUGGCAUUAUUAUAAAUACUUCACUGGUGAUGUUAUUGAUAGUCAAGAUUUGCUUGGCCAUAUUAUGAUGUUUUUGCAUGUUCUUAUAUAUAAUUUUAUUUCUCACCAUAUAACUAAAGUGGCUCAUGAGAAAUAUCUAUUUAGAAAAGCUAAAGAAAAAGCUGAAAAUAGGCUAGAGGUGAUAAUCAAUGCCUUUCCGGAUGGAUUUUUUGUAGUUUCUAGUAAUAAUGAAAUUGAAUAUGCGAACUUGAAAAUGCUCGUAUUAUUAGAGUGCACCCAAAACAAUUUGAUUGAUUCUUUGUCAUUAAUUAACUUUUGUGAAGGCAAAAAAUACAGCAGCCUUACUCAGUCAAAUUUUUUAAUUGAUCACAUCAAUAUAAUGUUUUCUCUAGAUUUUAACCAAGAAAUGAUGUUUGGAAUUUCCAUGUUUAAUAAUACAAGUAUUGAAUGAAAAGGGUCAAAAAUCUUAUGGGAAGAUAAGCCUGCUUUAGUGAUAACAGGAAGAAACGCGAACCAUGUUAUAGAGCUUGAAAGGACCAUUGCAGAUGAUAAAUUUAAAACAGUUUUAUUGAGAACUGUUUCUCAUGAAUUGAGAACACCAAUUAAUGCGAUUUCACUGUUGACUGAGGAAUUGAUUCAAGAACCAGAUAUUGCUGAUAAAUAUAAAGAUAAAAUCAGGAUGAUUUCAGUGUCAGCAAGAUUAUUAUUAACGCUCGUCAGUGACUUGCUUGACUAUUCAAGAAUGCUUGCAGGAGUUUUUUCUGUUCAAAAAUCAUGGUUCGAGCUAAAAGACAUAGUCGAGAGAUCAUGUGAGCUUAUUAAUAUUCAAGCAAAAAAGAAGAAUAUUUCAUUAAUCAUUAGAAUUGACAAUUUAAUUCCAAAAUGCAUCUAUUCUGAUCCACUUCGGCUUAGCCAAGUAUUAUUGAAUCUUUUAAGCAAUGCUCUGAAAUUUACAAUAAGUGGAUUUAUUGAAAUUAUUUGUCUACUUGAUAUGCAUAAUGAUAAAGUGGUUUCACUCGAAUCGAAAAUUCUCUUUUUUCAUUUUAUAAUUAUGAGGUUUGACUUUCCCAAGAGAAUUUAUCCGGCUCUGGCAGGCUUUAAGAGCCUUCAGUUCUUAGAGCAGCACUCCUGCCCCUCACUCCCCUCUCGGUGAGAGAACAAAAAGAAUCUUGCUCGCUUUCGGAGGAGUUAACUUUUUUAAUAUAUAAAUUUUUUUUUAGAAUUUCACAAAAAUUUAAUUUAGUUUUGCAGAAUUAUAUUUUAAAAUACAAUCUGUUAAUGAUAACAGAAUUAGCUAAAGAUUUAAUUUUAAUCUACUAAUUAUCACUUAUAUCGAAAUAUAUUUAUUUUUCCAUGGUUUUGCUCGCUCAGAGGAGUUAUGGAAUUUGAAUUUUUCGGAAGGAUCCCACAAACCCCAGGCAGCGGAGACUGGGACCUUAGUGUGCUUGGUGGACCCUAAGUUAGCUUUGCCUGAUAGCAGGAAGGAUGCUCGCCAAAAUCGGAAUGCGCGAAGCCUAUGACCAUCAGGGGCGAAGCCGCUCAUGCCUGACAUGAUGGUGGACUGGGAAACUCAGAAUCCUAGAUAGGUAAUUUGGUAUUGGACCUUAAGCGAGAGGAAGAUUAAUCAUAAUUUAAUGUAUACUUGAUAUGCAGAAUAAUUUAAAAGUUAUCGUUCAAGACUCAGGAAUUGGAAUUGAUAAAGAGAAGCUCCAACACUUAUUCAGUGAAUUUAAUACUUGUUCUUUACCUGUUAUUAAUCCUCAAGGAUGUGGCCUUGGAUUGCACAUUUCGAAUAAGAUUGUUAGAGAACUUGGGAGAAGUUACAUUGAAGUGGAUUCCACUAAAGGAGUGGGGUCUACCUUUCAUUUUACUAUUUCGAUAUCAGAAAAUCCUAUAAAUAUCAAAUAUGAAUAUUUUGAUAUUGAAAAUUGUGUUUCCGAAGAAAUAAAUUUUUUGAGCAUAAACCUUUCGACAAUCAAAAGUAAUAAUCCUCAGGUUCUUAUAGUAGAUGAUAAUGAUAUGAACAGAGCUAUCUUAUCAUCAUUAUUAGCUCGCAAUAAAAUUGAAACAUCAGAAGCGUGCACUGGCAAAGAAGCAAUAAAUAUGGUUUUUAAGCAAGAUUGCAUCAAAAAGCCUUAUAGAGUAAUCAUAAUGGAUGGAGAAAUGCCUGAGUUGGAUGGCUGAGAAGCAACAAAAACCAUUUUAGAUUUGAAGGAAAAAGAAAAGAUUAGCUUUAUGCCUAGUAUAAUAGGCUAUACGGCCUAUAGCACAGAUGAAGACAUAAAGCGAUGCAUUGAAUGUGGGAUGAAGGAAUGCCUAAUAAAGCCGUGCAGUUCAGAAAUACUAAUAUCGGCUAUUCUUAAAUACUUAUAA